UACAGACAUGCUGCAUCUCCCUUUAAAUGUUUAUGUGCAUGUCCUUGGGGCUCUUUGAAAAUCUCUGGAGAUGCCUGAAAGGAUUGAGGCACCCAAGUGUCUGUGCACAGGAUCAUCACGACAGGGCUUAGUUUUAUUUUGUCCUUAAGAAAACCCAGGCUCUGAGCAGAUGGAAGCAUUAGCAUGAGCGCUGUGUGGCUUUGUGUUUUAAUGCUGUCUCCCAGAGCAGCGAGAGAGAUGCAUUACAAAGUUCUUGCUUUUAAAGGACCUCAAAUGGCAGCAGCCAAGCUGGGGCAGCCUUGGAGAGGACUUGUAAGGCGUUUUUUGGGUCUUUGUGUUGUGCUGGGAUUGCCUGUGAAACUCAUUGUGACUCCUGCCUAUAGAAAAGUCCAGGUGCAAGCCUAGGUUGAUAAAUUACAAGUGAAUGACAUUAGCUGGGCAGGAAAUGUUCCUGCAUGGCUUUAGAGCUCUACUUAGCAAACAAAGGAACAGAAAUAACAAACAUUGGGCUUAUUUAGGAGAAGUGUGACUUUGCUUUUUAUUGUUAGCCACAGAAGAACAGCAACUUUCACAUAGUGUGAUCUUCCUCUGAACCACAGCAUCUCUGCCUACAGGCACACUGGUAGGGUGUCUGCUCCUCGGAUUGCCUGCUGUGUUCAUCAUGUCGAUACCUGAAGUGUUUUGGUACCUUACUGAUUCUUCUGCUGCUCCUUUCCUCCCCCAUUCGUGUGCUGCUUGCUCAAGGCAUUUUGGCACCAAGGAGAAGGCAGAAGUAGCAUUUAAAACAUAAAGGAUUCCAGAUGUGAGCAUGUCUUGGACUCUGCUAGUGCAGGAAAAAUGCUCUUUCACAUUAUGGUGUGGCCACAUGGUUUGUGUGGAUAAAUAGCCCAGAUAAAGCUGAUUGUUUUUUAGGUUCGUUUCCUCUCUCUUCUUUUAAACUGUAAAUUGAAAUCCACACUCUGGGAGCCUGCAACUGUAUACCUGUUAGCUGCAUUCCCUGCUGCAGUGUCAACUUGAUGGCUGAAGCUUCACAUUCUUAAAUGUCAGCGAUUAGGUGUUAGAAGUUCCCCUCUUCCUGCUGGAGGAGGUUGGAGGAGGCCCCUGAGAACUGUUUGUAGGAAAUGAGAAUUGCCAGCAUCCUCUGUUUCAAUGGAGUCCAUGUGAUCCUUUCCCCUUGUGAAGGCUGAAAUAAUGCUGGUGUGGCCACUUCAGCCUUGCCAGAUAGCAAAGCCUGGUCCUUCUUGUGAUGAAAUAAUUCACCUCUGCCACCAUUCUCUACCAGGACAGGCCAGCAGAGAUGGCUUUGGGACUGUCAGUCUCCUUCCCCACUGAUGGGAGCUGUCAUGCUUACACUUCUCCUCAUGAUAAAGUUGCAACUUUAUUUUCACAAGGAACAGGCGAAUGGUCCGUGCUGCACUUGCAUGCUAAUGAAACCAAAUAUUAGAUUGCCUUGGUGAUUUUGAACGUCUUGAAGACAAGAUCACAGGGGGUUUGUGAGCUUGACAGUCUCAUUUUUAUGGGAGGUAGCUGGAAAACUCAUCACUUCUGAUGCUGGUUCUUCUUCAAGGUUUUGUAGUGACUGAGGUAUUACUGCUGUUGACUAUGUGUUGGUUUCAUGACAGAAUUGUUGAUUUUUGUAUAGUUUACCAGGUAGCCUCAAAAUAAAAAAGCCAUUACCACUGGGUCUGUAUCUUUUCCACUCAUGUAGCAGAUUCCAGAAUGCCAAGUGAGGAUUGGUCUGAUCUUCUGAACUUCUGAUGCUUCAUACAGGGCUUGUGCAUUGAUUGGAGCAAAUUACAUUGAACUCCUGAGCUCUUAAAUUAUUUUGGGGUCUGGAGUUGAUUUGGAGAGUGAAAAAUGGAUGUCACAAGUGUCUUGAAGAUGCUGCCCGAGGUAAUGAUGCUCAUUCCAGGCUGUGCAGGCACUGUGGUGAGCAGCACCUCCCUGCUAACAGGGCUAUUGCACAAGGGGUGGGUGGCUGUCCUGGUGUGUUCCUGGCUUUGUGCUGCUCUCCAGCUUUUUGUUCACUUUUUUAUUUUUUUUUUAAUGGAUUGUCAGAAUUCUCAGAGGAGUUUGAUUUCAAAAAGAAAUGUUGAGCUGAAGGAAUUAAAAAAAAACCAAUCCAAACACAACAGAGGAUUGCCUAAUUUGAGGCUGGUGUCUGUACCAUGUCACACUCUUACUCCUGUCAGUGGGGGAUCUUUUAAAUGUGCAUGAAUUUUCUGAGACAGACCUUGCAGUCUAAGGCUGAGGUAUCUUCCUACAUCAGGCUGUUUCAGGAAUCUGCUUGGGGUGCUGCUCCCUCUUUUCCAUUUCCCAGCCGUGCUGAUCCCUUCUGAUCAGGCAGGGAAUUGAGGAUUUGGACUCAGUCCUCCGAGGAGAUUCCUGAAGCUGCCUGGGGAAAUUCUGCUGUGAGCGAGCAGCUGGUGAGGGAUGUGAGUGUCUGAAGCAGUGGGAAGGAAGGAAGGAGGAUGCACACACUGACCAGUGAGGCUUUGGGGAGCUGGAUCCUCGUUCCUGGCUUUGAUUUGGUGUGAAAGGUUUGGCUGCAGGCUGCUGAACUCUGGCCCAGCAGUGUGGCAUGAGCAGUUGCUUGCGUGAGACCAUUGCUGAUUUCUGUCCUGACCUGAUGUGUCACGUUCUGGACACGAUGGUUUUAUAAAGAUGCUCUUGGGUGCUGAGUGAAGUGCUCUGAUAUAUAUUCCCCCAAGCCACAUGGAGUAUUAUUUUUCUGUACUUCUUAGGUGAAAAAGAAGAAUCUGGCAACUGUGUAGGAGGCUGUUGCUUUGACUGGUGUACACAAGCAUUAAAAAUUAUAAAUCUGGGGGUUUUAUCUGGGAUUUUUUGUCUAUUUUUUUAACUCUUUGAGCUCUUCUGGACUUCUUUGCAUGCAGGUAGAAGAAUAAAACCUAAAGUAUGACCAAUGCCUCUGUCCCAGGAGAAAUGCUGAGUGUCAGGGGAGUGUGGCUUAGGGCUACAGCAUUCCCAAUUGUGGCCUGGGGCUCCAGCAUUCCCAAAUGUGUCCUCUCGUGCAUGAGGGCCCAGAGCAGUUAUCUGAAACAGUAGUAAUGUAAAUUGAAUGAGCAGUCCAGUUAAAUAAGUAAUGAAGUUAGCAGGGUGCCUAAUUAAAUUAAAUUCAAAAUUAUGUAUGGAUGAUGCCUUUCUAAUAAUUGCUGUAGGUUUGUCAUUGAGGAACUCCACACUGCCCUCUUGGCUGCAGCUUCCCCUUUCCCAGGCUGGGAAUGUUGGUACCACAGAGGGAUGUGUUUUAUUUAACAUUUCACUUUGGUUCCUCCCUGAUGCUCUUGUGUCCAUUGCAGGGUUGCUGUUUUCUGUUUUGCUGAGAUGUGUGCAGGGGGUUUGGGUGAUAACAGUCUCUGCUUCAUAUAUGAUGGUUUUUUACAUUCCUGCUGAGGGUUUCUGAUUUGCUCCUAGACCAGCCUUAGUGCUGUUUCCUUGGUCCCUGUGCCCCACUGAUGUCCUUGUUGGGACUGUCCCCUGUCCUUCCCAUCCCUGUGGUGCCUGGCAAGUUGCUCCUGUUUCCACAAAGCAGGAUGGCACAUCUGGUAACUCUGGGCACAGUGAUUUAGCCCAUUUCUUUAUUUGAAAAAAAUCUCUUAAUUUCCAUCCUUCUGAGCUUCUCUGAAACAGCAGCACUUUGAAGGUGUGUGUCAGUUUGGGGAUAAACAUUAAGCUGAGGCAGAAGAACAAUUUUGAAGGGAGGGAAAGCUGCUGAAAUUAAAGACACUUGAGAAGAUGCAGCCAUCCCAGGCAGCAAAGGGAAUUCUGUCUCUCCAGACAGCACGUUGAGGGCAGCCUCUCCCUGUCCUGGGCAUGGCCAGGCACUCAGUGCAUUUUUGAAGAUGGGCUGUCAAGGCAGAGCUGGCUCUGGCUGGCAAUUACUGACCUUUGAGGUAAUGUGUCCUUAAUAGAAGGAUGUGAGUACAUCAGAGGAAGAAUUGUCAUUGUCAUUAUCAUCUUUUCACCUCCUUGCCAGAAGGGCAGGUCUAUUAAAGGGCCUGUGCUCCAGCAGAACUGGUCCUGCCCCUCCAGGAGAUGAAUCCUGACUUUCCUGGAGAUGAGAGUAGAUGUGGGGAGGGGAGAGAGCCCGAAUGACCGGAGCUCUGUUGCUGCUUUUUGAAUUCCCCCUCUGUCCCACUGCUCGUUUUGCAUCAGGGUUUAUGUGCUAAAUCCCACAUGGUGCCUUCAGUGCAGUAGCCAAGCUUGCCUGAUGCAGGGGCUGUGCUCCUGGGGACCCACAGCUGUGUUUGGGCAGGGAGACUGUUCUGCAUGAAGCAAUGAAAGCUCUGCAGAGAGACACCUGGGCCAGCAGCUACGGGUGAUGAAUGACAGAAGAUUUUUGUCACGUUCAGGGCAGUCUGAGUCUUCCUUGUUGAUGGUUUCACUGGGUGAAAACCUCCAGGUGAUGAACUGGAGAAUCGUGCAACCACUUUUUCUCCAGGAAUGGCAAGUGCUUCCCCUGUGCUGCCUCACCAGAGAAUCUGGAAGUCUUUUGCAAAGCUUUAAUUAAUGCUUGAUUGGCCUUGGCCACCUCCAUGCCCAGCACCCCUGUGACAGAGCAGCAAGAUUGGAGACCCUUGUAACCCCCUCAUCUCCCUGUGGGAGUGUGGAAGUGGAAGGAUCCUGGCUGGAGCCCUUAUGAAGGCAGAGUUUAGUAAACCACAGGGUGUUCUGACGGAUAUAGAAGUGAUUUGCAUGGGUGCAGUGACCUGAGCAGGGCUCUGCACAUUUCAUGCACAGUUGCGUUAAAGGGAUGCUGAUCAUUUUCAGCAUGACCUGCUAAUUAUCAGACCAGAUGAAAGCCUUUUUUUUCUUUCCUUUUUGAAUCCUCCUCCCCCUACAUGCUCUCUUCUUCUCCCUGCUCCUUCCCCAAGCCCUUAUCUAAGCUAAUCAUCAUGACACAAACAGCCAAAAAAGCAGUGUUCUUACAGCAGCUAUUAACUAGAAAGGAGACAGCAGGCGUCUGGAGCCCCUCAGGAGAGACUCGCCUGGUGUUACCCAUUACUUUUAACAGCCAGGCUGAGAGCUGCAGAGUCAGAACAGAAAAGCUUUAAGCUUCUUUCUUUUGAGGUCCUAAUACGCAGUGACCUGUGUGCUAUGAUGUAGGAUUUUAAGAAGACUCAAAUAUGGAAUUUUAGUCAUGAUGUGGGGCUUCCCAGAUAACUGAUACAUCCCUGGUUGAAUAGAAAUUAAUAGCUAUAUAUAUAUUUUUGGGUAAGUUUUCAAAACUUUGAGACAUAUGGCUGUGUCCUUCAAGCAGAGCCUUUCUAUCCCAAAUGUCUGUUUAUUAUUGCUAAAGUGUCCCUCAGCAGCAGAGCACCCAGCUCGGGGAGGGUUAUGUUAAUCCAGUGAAGUAAUUUUUAUCAUUGCAUCAAGCUAUGGACACAAAUUUGUUUUCUCCCGUAUUUCAAGCAUUUGUUUUAUCUAGAGCUGUGGGAGGGAUUUUCCAUUGUCCUCUGCUCUGUGCUAGAUGAAUACUUAAAAGUUGUUCUUGUGGUGAUAACGGGGUAGGCUGAGACAGGGGCCAGACUCCGGAAUUUCAGCUGCGGUGGCGCGCUGGGAGGGAGGCCGAGCAAAUGGACACCGUGUUUAAAUAGUGUGUCCUGAAUUGCUUUAAUUUGGUUCUUAUUUUGUAAGCUGUUGGCUGGGUUUUCUGUCCUUUCAGAAAUCAGCAGCUUCUUAUGAAAUAUGGAGCUGUUUAAAAACAGACAGCAGCUGCUCCAUCCUUGCGUCAGCACGGGCUCGGCAGAAGGAAGGGGAAUGGUAGACGGUUGUUUAGCUGUGAUAUUCUUCCCUUCAUUGCUUUGUCAUAUUGUGUUAACAGAAGGGCUGAUCAAAUAUACACCAGGAAAACUCUUGCGCGCCGUGGGAAGCACACACACGAUGAAGAGGAGCUCCCUGCUCUCCUGAUCCUUUGCUGGUGAUUUGGAAGCAGCCCCUGCCUCGCCUGCUCCUUGGCCAUGUCUGGCUCCACGCAGCCCGUGACGCAGAGCUGGCGCGCGGCCGAGCCGCGCUAUCCCCCGCACGCCCUGUCCUACCCGGUGCAGAUUGCCCGGCCCCAUGCGGACGUGGCGCUGUUGGAGUACCAGCAUCAUUCCAGGGAUUUUGCUUCCCACCUCCCGCCGGGGUCGAUCAUGCAGCCGCAGCGGCGGCGGCCGUCCCUGCUCUCCGAGUUCCAGCCGGGCAAUGAAAGGUCUCAGGAGCUGCACCUGAGAGCCGAGGGCCAUUCCUAUCUCUCUGACCUGACCAAGCCAUCGGACUUGGAGUUCAUUGAAACCAAGAGGCCACGCCUGGAGCUGCUGCAGGACCCUCUGAUGAGGCACUCGCCCCUCCUGAGCCAGAGCCAGCAGGGAGGCACCGAGGAUCUCUCAAAGGAUCGUGGCCUGCCUGGCAAACUGGAGCCCGUGUCUCCUGUGAGCCCUGCUCACCCUGACACGGAGCUGGACCUGCUGCCAGCCCGGCUCUCCAAGGAGGAGCUCAUCCAGAACAUGGACCGCGUGGACCGCGAGAUCACCAUGGUGGAGCAGCAGAUCUCCAAGCUGAAGAAGAAGCAGCAACAGUUGGAGGAAGAAGCAGCCAAACCACCAGAGCCUGAAAAACCCAUCUCUCCCCCUCCUAUCGAGUCCAAACAUCGCAGCUUGGUGCAGAUCAUCUACGACGAGAACAGGGUGAGUCUGGAAGUGAUGGCAGCACAGAUGUGUGAUUGUGCCGUGUCACCGUGGCCAGGGAUGGGCAGGCUGGUGAGGAUCAGGUGGGGGGUUUUCCUGGGUGUUACCUUUGGAGUGGAGGGUGUGGGAGUGGGAUAGAUGGAGCCCUGUCAGGAUGGUGUGGAUGAGCAUUAAUCCCUCUGAAGAUCUUCUGAAGAACCUGCCUUGG